AUGGCUAGCCGAUUGUGUUUCAAUAUUGGGUUCUUGAUUGUUGCAUCGGUGGGUUUGCUUCACGGUGCAUAUGCAGCUAAUACUUACACAGUUGGAGGUGAUUUGGGAUGGAUUGUUCCUCCGAACAACACUUACUAUGAGGAAUGGACCAGCCAGAGGACAUUUCAGAUAGGAGACACCUUCGUAUUCAACUGGACAACCGGAACACAUACCGCAACUGAAGUAAGUACCAAGGAGGAGUACGAUAAUUGCACAAAGAUGGGAAUGAUAUUGGCAUUUGCAGGAGUUAAAGUCACUUUCAAUGAAAAUGGGACGCACUACUUCCUCUGCUCUGAAGGAACACACUGUGAGCAAGGCCAGAAGAUGAUAAUCAAAAUUGGAGAUGGCAUACCGCCAAGUUUUGCAGCUCCAUCUCUUACCGCGGCCGCCGCCUUAUCUGCUCUUUUCUUCUCCACCUUAGCCAUCUUCUUCUUAAACUAAAUCUAAAGACACCCCCCGUCAUGCAAGUUACCUUUUCUUAUCCAGUAGCUCUAGA